CAUUUUCUUAGAGUAUGUUGUUUCACUUUGUUAUUUUGUCUACCUGAUCCUGAACAGUGAACAUCACACGGAGUAAUAGUAAUAAUGAAUGUACUCCCUCCGUCCCAAAUUAUUUGUCACAUUUCUAUUACCGAGAACUGACCUGUCUCUGCAAAAACCCCUUCGCCCCGAACCUCUCUGCCGCCGCCGCCGCCGCCGCAAUGGAUUCUUCUUCCACCUCCUCCCGCUCCUUUGAUCCCAACCUUGCUCGAACCAUUGAGGAAGAGAAGCAAAAGGCAAUGUUGGCUGAGCUGAUUACGAAGAUCACAAGUUCGUGUUGGGACAAAUGCAUCACGGGCACUCCCGGGAGUAAGUUCAGCUCGAGCGAAGCAAGUUGCCUAUCCAACUGCGCCCAACGCUACCUAGACAUGAACAUCUUGCUCAUUAAGCGCUUCCAAUCUAUGAACAGGCUUUGAGUAGUUGAUGUUGGCGUUGGCUCUCUCCAUCUCUAUUUUUGUGCUCUAUGUUCACUUGUGCUCAAGUUUUGUACUGAUAACUCCAUCAACAGCUUCUGUCUUUUCAUGACCUUAUUUGAAAGCUAUAAAGAUUCUUACAUGAGAUGCUAAUUUCAUUUCCCUCACAGUAAUUUGGACAGAUUUUUUACCCACAGAUCAGUCACGGCUAUUUCGUUUUGGGGAUGCGAAAUGUACCUAGACAAUUAACUAUAAAAGAACAAUUAGCACUAAGAGCUCACACAAAAAACAUAUGGAAAAAUUAUCCAAAAUAAUCUCAACUUUACCCGAUCUUUCAAAAAUAAUCUCAUCUUUCACUGUGAUGCAUAAUAAUCCCAACUUUAUUGAAAUUUGCCAGUUUUGGGUCGCCGUUAAGUUUCUAACGGAGGGUUAACGGAAAUGCCUGUUUUAGGCAACAAAAUGAAAGUUGGGAUUAUUUUUGAUGAAUUU